AUGGCCCUUCUUAGUCUUCGCAUGGAAUGCGAAAGAGCACAAAUACAUCUGUCUUCUGCGGGGGAAACUAAAGUUAUAGUUGAUUCUCUGUAUGAGAGAUUUGCAAAGCUGAAGAGAGAGGAGUUGGACCAUGUAAUCGUGGCUGGAGCUUCCACUCACAUUCCAAAGGUGCGAGAGACGAUUCAGAAUUUCUUUUGUGGAACAGAGGUGUAUGACGGUAUACACCCAGAGCAUGUUGCGGCAUACGGGGCUGCUGUGCAGGCAGCGGUAUUAAAUGCAGAAAAAAUAGAUUGCCUGCAAUUAAACACAGCGCCUUUGAGCAUUGGAGUUGCAAAGCAAUUUGGUGCCAUGUUAGUUGUUGUUCCAAGAAAUACGCAGAUUCCGUUCAGAAAAAAGGUCGUCUUUUGCACUGGGGAUGACAAUCAAAUUACAAUGAGCAUAAAAGUUUAUCUAGGCAAGAGUUCAAAUAUCCGAGAACAUCUUUUGCUAGGGGAGCUCUUCUUAUGUGGGAUUCCACCUGCUCGGAGGGGAGAAGAAUCCGUCGCAGUUUGCUUUGCCAUGGAUGGUUCGGGAAUAUUGAAAGUGUCAGCUGAGCAUAAGAAGACGGGCUCAAAGAGUGAGCUUACAUUAGAUAAGGUAUAUGGUUUUCAACUCAGCAAAAAUGAGAUGGAAAGAAUGUUAAUUGAUGUAGAACGACUCAGUUCACUGGACAAAGAAUUCGAAAGAAACGUUGCGGCACGUGAAGUACUUGUAAAUCAAGUGUAUGAGAUGAGAGAAAAAGUAAGAAAAGAGAAGCUGAAGAUACAAGUUGUUGAGAAGGAGGUUGAAGACACCAUUGCUUGGCUGGAGGGAAAUGACACAGCUUCAACUUGUUUCCUUGAACAGAAAUUAAACGAUUUGAAAAAGAAAAUUGAGACCCACUUUGGGGGUUUGUCGAUAACUAGAUCUGCAUGCCAUUCGCUGCCACGAGCAGUUUCUAUAACUAGAUAA